AUGGAAUGGACGCGUGGGCUGAACUGCUCGUCGCAGUUCAGCGGCUUCUGCGACGGCGACGUCGUCGAUCCACGCAAAAUGUGGGAUAAGACGGUGGCGGCCAAUCAACAGCUGCUGAACAUUGUGAAGGAGCGGGAAACGCGCGCGACUGCGGCGGCGGCGUUGUUUCGCGGACGCCAUUUUGCGCUACUGCGGGAGCUGGCGGCGGCAGAGGCGGAGGUGGCGGCGUUGAACGCCCGCAGCCGAGACCUCGUCGCCGCGCUUAGGGAAGCCCAACUCCACGGCGCCGGCCAGGCGCAACAUAUCGACAACACACACGCGAUGGGCAACGUGCGGACGCACCCCGCCGCCGCUGAUGAUGAUAAUGCCGCCGCGGAGGGCGAAUAUGCGCAGCUGCUCCAGCGCCUCACACACACGGGACGGUUGCGGGAGGAGCUGCAAGUGGAGGUGCGGCAGCUGCAGUCGACGUGCGAGGCGGCCCUGCAGGAGCGCGCCGUGCUGAUGCAGUCGCUGAAGGCGCAGGAGGAGGCGCUGGAGCCGCUGCUGCGCGAUGCCGACGACCUUGCGCGUGGGGUGGCGGAGGUUCGGGAGACGUUGCGCACGUACGCCGGCGACGCCGCGGGGGCGGGGCGGGGCACGCGGCAAGGCCAGGCAGCGCUGCUGGAGGGGGUGGUCGCAUGGGCGCGCGAGGAGGAGCGUGCUGUGCAGCGCGUCACCGCCCUCCUCAGCGACUUCAUUGGUGUGGAGGACAAGAGCCUCAAAACGGCGACCUCCGGGCGGCUGCGGAGCGUCGAUGGGGCGGUGCGGUUUUACCAAACGUGGAAUGACGCCUUGGCGCGGGCCAGCGGCGACUUUGCACGCGAGAUGAAUGGGCGGCGCGCAGGGCUUUACGCCCGUGUUGAGGAGCUGCAGCGAUUCAAGGCGCACAAUUCACAAUUGGAGCCGAAUGCCUGA